AAAAUUCUGUACCUUCAUUCUAACCAACUUUCUGGUCCCAUUCCUAGUGAGUUGGGGAAUUUGAAAAACCUCAAUGAUAUGGAGCUAUCCCAUAAUCACCUUAGUGGUUCAAUUCCAACCACUUUAGGCGAUUUAAUUGGCCUCAAAAUUCUGUACCUUCAGUCUAACCAACUUUCUGGUCCCAUUCCUAGUGAGUUGGGGAAUUUGAAAAACCUCAAUGAUAUGGAGCUAUCCCAUAAUCAGCUUAGUGGUUCAAUUCCAACCACUUUAGGCGAUUUAACUCGCCUCAAAAUUAUGUACCUUUAUUCUAACCAACUUUCUGGUCCCAUUCCUAGUGAGUUGGGGAAUUUGAAAAACCUCAAUGAUAUGUCGCUAUCCCAUAAUCAGCUUAGUGGUUCAAUUCCAACCACUUUAGGCGAUUUAACGGAGCUUGAAACUCUACAACUUAAUUCUAACCAACUUUCUGGUCCCAUUCCAAACGAACUUGCAUAUUUGGAUCACUUGGUUUUCCUGUCAAUGUCUUACAAUGACUUUUCAGGCCAGUUGCCAGAGCGGCUUUGCCAAGGUGGGAAACUUGUGAACUUAACAGUCAAUAGUAACAAUCUUACAGGGCCAAUCCCAAGAAGCUUGAGCAAGUGUUCGAGUUUGAAAAGGGUUCGCUUCGAUAACAACAGUUUUAGUGGGAAUUUAUCUGAUGCUUUUGGCAUCCAUCCAGAGCUUGUGUUCAUUGAUUUGAGUGACAAUGAUUUUCAUGGUGAACUCAGCAGCAACUGGGGGAAAUGCAAAAAUUUGACUGAUCUGCGGAUAGCCAGAAACAACAUUGGUGGCAGCAUACCACCAGAAAUUGGAAACAUCAAAGGGCUUCUAGGACUAGAUCUUUCAUCGAAUCAUUUGAUUGGGCAGAUUCCAAAGGAAUUUGGAAAAUUAACCUCUCUGGUUAAUCUUUUUGUGCAAAACAACUAUAUUUCAGGCAAUAUACCUCGGGAACUUGGGUCACUGAUAAAGUUAGAGUCCCUCGAUCUGUCAGACAACAGAUUGAAUGGGUCGAUCCCAACGUUUAUAGGAGAUUUCAUGCACUUGUUUCAGUUGAACCUGAGCAACAACAAGUUUGGCCAGAGAAUUCCAAUGGAGAUAGGGAGGAUAACUCAGCUUAAUGUACUUGAUUUGAGCCAUAAUCUUCUGGUUGGAGAUAUGCCCCCUCAGUUAGCCAAUUUGAAGGUGUUGGUAAACUUAAAUCUUUCCCACAAUGGCCUAUCUGGGCGCAUUCCGGAAGAACUCGAAAGUUUGACUGGUUUGCAGGAUGUCGUAUUGUCAUACAAUGAGUUGGAGGGUUCAAUCCCUAAUAAUAAAGCUUUUAUGAAUGCUUCAUUGGAAGGUAAUAAAGGUCUUUGCGGCAAUGUAACUGGACUUCAGCCCUGCAAAAGGCCAUCUUCUGUGGUGAAGAAGCACUCAUUGGCGAAGGGACGCAAACUCAUCCUCAUCACUGUACUUCCUGUUAUGGGAGCACUAGUUCUACUCUGUGUUUUCAUUGGUGUUCUGUUUAUGUGUGAUAAAAGAAGGAAAGUUGGAGAUGUUGAAAGAAGGGAUGAUGGUUGGCUUUCAAUAUCCAUGUUAGAUGGAAAGGCAUUGUACAGGGACAUCUUAAACGCCACAGAAGAGUUUGAUGCAAAAUUUUGCAUCGGGCAGGGAGGACACGGAAGCGCUUACAAGGUAAACCUUCCAUCAUUAGGGAAUAUAGCUGUGAAGAGACUUCAUUCUUCAUUUGAGAAUACACAUCCCAAAAGCUUCAUGAAUGAAGUAAGGGCAUUGACUGGGAUCAAGCACCGGAACAUUGUGAACCUCUACGGCUAUUGUUCGAAUGCACAUCACUCAUUCUUGGUUUAUGAGUAUGUGGAGAGGGGGAGUUUGUCUAGUAUUUUGAGCAAUGAAGUUGAGUCCAAGAAAUUGGAUUGGCUUAAAAGGGUGAAUAUCAUCAAAGGUGUUGCUUUUGCUUUAUCUUACAUGCACCAGGAUUGUUCACCACCAAUUGUUCAUCGAGACAUAUCAAGCAGUAAUGUUUUGCUUGACUCCGAGUAUGAAGCUCGUGUUUCAGAUUUUGGCAUAGCUAAGCUUCUCAAGCCAGACUCAUCCAACUGCACUACGCUAGCAGGCACAUAUGGCUAUGUUGCACCUGAGCUUGCAUAUACUAUGAAGGUUACGCAAAUGUGUGAUGUGUAUAGCUUUGGAGUAUUAUCAUUGGAGAUAAUCAAAGGAAAGCAUCUUGGGGAAUACAUUACUGUGCUAGCAAAUUCAUCGAUUAUAGAUCAUGAGCAGCUUAGCGAUUUGCUGGAUGAACGUCUUCCAUAUCCUGCAGAUAGAGUAAAAGAGGUUUUGUUUUUUAUCAUCAAGCUAGCAUGCUCUUGUUUGCUUGAAACUCCAAAAUCAAGGCCAACAAUGCACUUCAUAUCUCAUAAGUUAUCAUCAAUGGAUGCACGUCCACAUACUCGUCAGAGAAAUCCCCAUGUAAGGCGAGCUACAUAAUCCCUGAUAUGUAUCAAACUAACAUCUCAAUAAACAGAAAUUGUGGUUGUAAAAUAUUGGAGAUAUUUCACUAGAGAAGUAAAUUUCUUCUGCUUCUUUGGCCUUCAGAAAAAAUCAAGA